AUGUCUUGCUGCAACCCAUUUAUUGGCCUAAAAGGCAAGUUUUCUAAGAAGAAAUUUAGCCAGGAUGCCCCAAAGCAACCAAGCAAGCCAGAAAAUGUCAACAAAUCUCCUGUAAAAGGUUCGUCAGGACAAUCAGCGGAUGCGACUUCUACUCAGGAGAAAGCGCCGAGCUCGCAACAUCCUGAGAAGGAACCCUCCGCGCAGCAAGGUUCUCCAGACAAAGACCGAUGGAAGGAUGCUUUCAAUAGAAUGCCCUCUGAGAAGCAAUCCAUUCUGAAGGAUAUGGGAUUUGACAAUUUAAAAUCUGGAUCCAUGGAAUCGAGCAUCAAUAGUCUUGCCAGUGAGGCAAAGAAGAAACAGGAAGAGUGCGAGGAAAAAUUCUGGCACGUCAAUGUGGGUGGUGAGAAGAUUGUUCUCCGAGAAUAUACCACGAGCAUUGUUGGCUGGUUGACGAAGGCCGGUGAUAUUGCUGUGCAGUUUGCGCCGCCCCAAGCCAGUCUACCAUGGGACCUUGUCAAAUCUUUGAUGCAGAUUCCUGUAAAUGAGAGUGAUCAGAUGGGCGCCUUGCUCGCUACAGCAGAGAAAGUUAUUCGCAUUAUUAGCCGUGGCCAAGUGUAUGAAACGAUUCACUUACCCAAGGACCCGAAUGCCAACUUGUCGCUUGUACAGUCGAACCUCGACACCGCUCUGGUGGGAAUGUAUGCAAGUGCUCUAGACCUUUUGGCCGAAUCACAGAAACUUCUUGCUGCGAACACAGGCAGACGUAUACUUGAAGCAAUUGUGAACCCGGGCAAGGCAACGGGUAGCCUUGCGGCUCUUAUUGAGCAAGAAGAAGAAAUUAUCAAAGAUGUCAAUGCAUGCGAGAGCCAGCGCAGCUCGGACUCCGACAAACUCACGCAUGAAAUGCUCCAUACUUUGGAGGCACCAAUCGCUCGGGUGGAUGAGGGCGUCAGCAGUCUCCUCAAAUAUGUGGAUGAAAAAGAGCGCAUUGAGCUGUUGGAGUGGAUUUCAGCCGUCCCGUUCGGCAAGCACCACUACACUGUGCAAGAGGCUAGAACCCCUGGCACGGGGGAGUGGCUGCUCAAACAUAAGCACUUUGGUGAUUGGAAAGCGAAGAGAUCGUCGACUCUGUUCUGGCUGCAAGGAAACCCAGGUACUGGCAAGACAUAUCUCACAUCCACUGUGAUUGACUGGGUCCGUGACCAGCCUAGCAAAGGGAAUGACGAAGGCUUUGCCUUUUUCUACUGUGGCCGGGACGAGAAGCAUACGCAGCCCCUGACCAUUCUCCAAAGUUUUGUGCGUCAGCUUUCAACCACUAGAAGCAAUCCUGCGUCCAUGCAGGCUAAACUCCAGGCAUCUUGCAAAGAAGCCCGAGAGGAAGGCACGAACUUUCGCUUUGGGCAGUGCAAAGACCAGAUCCUGGCCUCUCUAGAUAUCUAUCAGAGAACCACGCUGGUUAUUGAUGCUCUAGACGAGUGUGAUCCAGCCUCGCGCGAUGAACUCAUUGAAGCAUUACAAUUGUUCAUGGCGGAGUCUAAGCCAGUCGUGAGAAUAUUCAUCUCAAGCCGACCUGAUCCAAGUAUCGAAAAUUUGCUGAACAGCAGCCCCAAUGUUGGCAUUCGAGCAGACGAUAAUCAAGGCGAUAUCGAAAAGUUCCUUCAUGAUAAAAUGAACAGGCUCGCAAAGAUCAACAAAUCAUUGGAGGAUCUGAAAACCGAUAUCAUUGCGAAGUUGCUAGAACGCUGCCAAGGGAUGUUCCAGUGGGCUGAUAUGCAAAUCCAUCAGAUUGCAAAGUGCAAGUCCCGCCGAGACGUCUUUGAUCUCCUCGAACACCUCCCAGAAGGCCUUGAGAAGACAUAUGAUGAAGUCUGGCGACAGAUUGAAAGCCAAGGAAAGUACGAUCAACUGUUUGUAAAGCGUGCUCUUCGCUGGGUAAUGUCUGCAUCGAAACCUCUGAGUAGCGUCGAACUUCUAGCUGCGCUUCGUGUGGGACCGGAGGGAGACCUGCUACCGAAACUUGAUACUGUGGAUGAGCAAGGAUUGCUCUCUGUUUGUAACAAUUUCCUUGUUGUGGACCCCCAGCUAGAUGUAUGGCGGUUCCCACACCUGUCGGUUCGGGAAUAUUUGGAGGGCAAAAAAGACUGGUCCACUGCGCACGCCCAUUAUCACGCGGCCAGUGUUUGUUUGUCUUACAUGAUCAAUAAGUAUGAGCAUGAUGACUCGGAAUUCGACGCCAAGCUGGAGGCCGAGUUUAAGGUCGAGUCGAAGGCGCCAGGUAACACUGAUAGUCCUCUGAAGCCAGUGGAAUCAGAUGAUGGUUUCCAUACUCUUCACCCGUUCCAUGCCUAUAUGAGACACUGUUGGCCUCACCAUGUAAACGGAGCAAAGGACGUCGAGAUGGCCAAGUUGGGUUCUCUGCUGAAGACAUUCCUCGGAUCACCCAAUCAAAGCAGCGUGCAAUACCGCAGAUGGUAUCCAAAGGCUCGGAACGAUCUUGAGCUCCAUGGAAGAUGCAAUAUCCCUUACCCUAAGCAUUACUUGACAUGGAAUGCAAUCCAUGCUCUCAAACCCACGGAUGCCGCUAUCUUCGCCAUGUGUUGUUUCUCGCUGGAUAGUAUUGUGGGGGAUUGGUGGGAAAAUGAGGCAAUUGAUAUCUCCCGCACGAACGAUUUCAAUAACAAUCUUCUCGAGAUAGCUGCCAUGAUGGGAUCCCUGCCUAUAUGCGAGAAGUUUGUUCAAAUGCUGGUGGACAAAGGUACCGAUACUAACGCCCGAAGUGAAUUCAUCAAUAAGGCGCUUCUAUCGGCGUCAUUCGGCGGGCACGAAAAGGUGUUGCAGAUGUUGCUGGACCGAAUUGCUGAGCUCAACACUGAAGGUCAAGCGCAUCAUGUGCUUGGCAAUGCGCUCCAAAGGGCGGCAUCCUGCGGGCACGUAGGGGCGGUGCAAAUGCUGCUAGAUCGAGGUGUCGAUGUCAAUGCCGGAAAUUCUAAAGAAGGUAACGCACUCCGGUCGGCAGCGAUGAUAGGCAAUGAAAAGGUGGUGCGGAUUCUGCUGGAUCGAGGUGCCCAUGACAACCACCCAGAAGGAUUUUUCCCAGAUGCAAUGAUGGCCGCCCAAGUAGGUUGCAAUCCAAAGGUGGUGCAGAUGUUGGAGGACCAGGGGUUCAACUAG